ACAAGUUAUAUUAUUAGAUAGAACGAUGCAGACAAAAUAUAAUUUUUAUUUAUUACUAGCACAAAUGGCAACAAUACUACUUCUCGUAAAUUCUGUCACGUCCAAUUUAUUUGAUAAACUUACAAAAAUAGCUUCGACAGAAGAGAAGCAAGAAGGAACGGAUAUUUUAUCGAUGGGACAAUAUUUUCAAGAUAUAUUUUCGGAACAAUUGACACCUUUUAAAUUUGAAUUUGGUCAUGUCUGCGAAAAUCCGAAUGAAUGGGAACAAAGAUUUGAACGAAAAGAUUUUGAUGACAAUCGUUAUAGCGGCAAGGUAAAAUGGGGUAACAAAAAUGGAGAGUACGGUGAACAGUAUUGGGAUUUGAACCAUUAAUUAAGAAAUUAAUUAUUCAUAAACAAAACAUCAAUAAUUUGUCUAAUAUAAAAAUUCUCUAAUAAAAAUCUUUUGUUUAGAAUUAUUUGUAUAGUUUGUUUUGAGCAAUUAUCGAAAAAUAAAAAACUUUAAACAAUUACAUUAAAAAUGUAAGAUUAUAUUCCACAGAAUUCUAUUGUUUAAUUUAAAUAAAUCAUAAAUUGUAAGUUGAAAAUUGUUGGAAGUAAAUUUAAAAAAAAAAGAGUUAAUAGAAUUCCAAAAAUACUAGAGUUAGAACAUAAUAUGUACAUAAUUGUAUUGCUAGUUGGGCUCGGAAGUCGGAAGAGAGUGAAAACAUUAAGGCUAUCACACAAUGCCAGGCAACAAGCAAUAUAGGAACAGAAAAUAAAGAAAGAGAGAAGAAGAUCCUUUCUCUCUUUCAUUACUUCUAUUUCUAUUGCCUGUUGCCUGGCAUUGUGUAAUGGCCCUUACGGUGCUACUUGAUGUACAUUGACAGUUUUGCGCAAAAAUCGCUCCCGCUACCGCGCGCCCCGCGCGUGCUACUAACCAUGUGUAAGUUUGACGUUAGCACGUUAGCAAUAUAGUCUUAUUAUAUAUAUGAGUUAGAAGAGGUGAGUACAUAAGCAUCGGUGGUCUAGUGGUUAGGAUUGCUCGACUUUCAAUGCGAGCGGCCCGGGUUCGAUUCCCGGCUGAUGCAAAACAAUUUUUUAUUUAUAUAAAUUCAAAGCACACAAACCAUUUAUAGAACAUUUAUGAUAAUUAUUAUUUUUAUACACUUUAUACAUAUUUAAAUUUAUAUUUCUUAAAUAUUUUAUGAUUUUAGAUUAAACAGAUCACAGAGUUUAGAAUUAUUUGUAUAAUUUGUUUUGAGCAAUUAUCGAAAAAUAAAAAACUUCAAACAAUUACGUGAAAAAUGUAAGAUUAUAUCCCACAGAAAUUCUAUUGUUUAAUUUAAAUAAAUCAUAAAUUGUAAGUUGAAAAUUGUUGGAAGUAAAUUAAAAAAAAGAAGAGUUAAUAGAAAUCCAAAAA